AUGUGUCUCUUUCUUUUUCUUUUUAUUAUUCUCACUCUUUCCAUUAGACCUGUGAACUCAAGUGACGAGAACAACAAGAAGAGUGACGCUAAUGAUAACGAGGAUGACAAACCUGUGUUAACUAAUCCCACUGCUGCUGGUGAUGGUUGUCUGUGUCUGAAGUUAUUGCAAGAUAUGCAUAACGCCCUGUCCUGUUCUUCUUCUAUUCCAAUAUCUACUGUUGUGGAGCCACAUAACUUGCGUGUAGUGGAGGAUUACACUCCUCUCUCUGUGGGUGGUUUUAUGGCAACUUCUGCAGAGACCAUCUUGAACAGUGCCCAUAAUGUGCGACCAGGGGAUAUUAUGUGUGUUGGGUGUCCUCCACCAUCAACAAUGAAUCGUCAUUUGACUGUUCAUUCUGUUUCUCCUGUUGAUAUUGUUGCUGCUGCUGCUUCUUCCGGUUCUUCCGGUUCUUCUAGUACUGCUGGCAUGCAGUUUGUGAAGGAGACGGAUCUCACCGAGGAGGAGAAGCUGUACGGUAAGCGUCUCUCUCUUGUGAUAUGCUGCGGGAGUUGUUUGAAGUGGGCUGUGUGGAUAGUGCCACAAACUCGCUGGAGGCCAUCUUUAUUGAUGGCACACGGCAGAAGUUGA